AUGGAGUCAUCUGGCGAGGAGCAGGAAGAGAAUGAGAGAAAAGCACAAGGCAUGGACAUCACCAUUGAUAUUUCAAUUUUGUCCGCUGUUGAGAUGAAGAAAACAGAGAAGAAGCACAAAUCUGUACCAACCUACCUUGUUAUCAACAGUAACGACGUUUGGAAUGUUCUUAGAAACAGGUUGUUUGAGAAGAUGUCGUCAGCCUUGAACACAGAUGGGCUCUCUUGCAAUGACUAUGCCGUUACAUUCACUGUGGCAAGGAUCUCACCACAGCCGAUGCCUUUGGCCUGUGAAGAUGACUACAAACAGCUCAUUUCUCACAGCCUGAAGGCAAAAUCUGAACUGACUGCACGAAUUCUUGCCAUAGAGAAGGCAAAGAAAAAUCAAACCGGCAACAAAGAAAAUACUGGCAUUCAACCUCCCAGUGAUGAAGACGACGAGGUUAACGAGAAGAAGACUAAGAAAAAAAAGGUGCAUCUAUAA